AUGAUCAAGCAACCAAAGACCCACACCGUCACUGAGGAGCAACUGAUCAAUGAAGCAAGGGAAAUUUAUGCUGGUCUUGUCAUGGUGGAAAAGAAGUGCAUCAAAAGCGACAAACAACUAGCGCAAUCAAAGGUCGAACUAUCGCCGCGUCAGUGGCAGGCGCUCGUCUCGCUACACCGAACACUACUCGACGCACAUGUUGACCUUUUCCUCGCUUCCCAACAUCCGUCAGCUACUCCUAUUCUUAGAGGCUUAGCUGAUAAGCACAAGAUGCCGGCGCGCAUGUGGCGCCAUGGAAUGCAUUCAUUCUUGGAGUUGUUGCGUCAGAGAACCCCCGGCUCGAUGGAGUUUAUGUUCGACUUCAUCUACCUCUCGUCCUCGAUAAUAACAUUGCUGCUCGAAAGCGUGCUGGAUUUUAGAGAGACUUGGGUUGAGUGCCUAGGUGACUUAGCACGGUACCGUAUGGCCGUGGAGGUAUUCGAUAAGAAGGACCGCGAACUCUGGGCAAGGGUCUCGAGGUAUUGGUAUAACCAGGACCCAGACCGAAGUGCAGAGAAUGGCCGCAUCCAGCAUCAUCUUGCUGUCUUAGCUAGUCCGGACAUUCUCCAGCAGAUUUUUCACUACACGAAAGCUUUAAUUAGCGUGCGCCCAUUCCCAAUUGCUUUCGAUAGCAUAACCAAGCUGAUCAUUCCUCUUAUGAAUAUGCCGGCCCAGGAGGGCAAUUUGACUACUUCGUUCGUGACUACUCAUGGUGCGCUUCUUAUACAAGCUCCGGUUAAGGAGUUUGUUUCUCGAGCGAAUAUGUUUCUUGCUACUCUACGAAACGAGGUUAGCCAGGUAGGCAGACACGGGCAGCAAGGUGUGCAACUUAUGUCUUGCAAUAUCUCCGCGAUAUUUCAAUAUGGGAGCAAAUAUGGAGUGAUGGAGAGAGAUUUCAUAUUGAAGUGCAAUCCUACGGCGGAAGAUCGCCUAGCGGCAAUGAAAUGGGCAUCUAGUGCAUCUAGUGCAGCUAUCUAUACCACAUACAGCGAUCUCUCGUCCCAGCUUCUAUUCCGGGCAAGCUCUCUCGCCUUUCACACUUUGAUCGUCAUGCUAGGCCAAGUCGGGAACCCAAAUAUGUAUCCGAGCGUGCAUAUCUCUAUAGCAUUCGUGUGGUGUCUCACGCUUAACCCGGCGGCUAUACAACGACUAGAACCGCUGGUUCCGUGGUCGUUACUUGCAACUUAUCUGAACACCUUGUUCGAUCCUGACACGAUCAUUUCGAAGAUCGAAGACGAAUCAUUCCCGCUUCUUGACGACCCAACUACACAACAGUUACCGGAGGACUUUUUGAUCAGAGGACAGGCAUGGAGCCGGGUUUACUACCCCGAAAGAUUCUUCGAGGGAGCUCCUACAGAAGACGACAGACCGUCAAUAGAGGGACAUUCGACAGAGAUUGCUAGAAGACAUCGAUGUCUUUGGCUUGGAGUGCGGAUCGCAACUGUCUGUUCGUCCUAUUCCUCUUAG